AUGCUGAAUAGUGGAGGUAUGAAACCAGAUAUUGAUCCGUCAACAUUAAUUUAUCGUGCUGUAUUAGACAUUGAUCAUGACAAUAAAAAUAAUCAGUCAAAAUCUACAGAGAAAGUAUCAUCUAAAAGUGGUUCUACUGGAAAUAACAUUUCUUUAAAUCGUCUAUGCGGUCUGAUUAUAGCUCCGAGUCAAUUUUCAGCCUAUGCUUUAUCACGUUUAAUUGAUGAAUUAUGCAUAUGGGAUGUGGAUUUAUACUUUAUUAAAACUGCGCAUUUAUUUUGUCGUCAAACCUUGUUAAAAGUCGAUGAUGAUAAGUCGUCAAGUACAGCAUUUAUCAAUAAGGCUAAACAACAGCAGCACACAUCAAAUUUUAAUUCAUACAAAUCUCUUGUGAAGUUUGGCAAUGAACCUGUAAAUAAUGACAGUUCAUCAACCAAUCCAUGGAAUCCAUUCUCUGUUAAUCAAGAAGAAACAAUCAAUCUCCUGGUGGCAACUCAAGCAGAUAUUUCAGCAGUAACAACUAGUGGGACUGAAUUGCCUAGAUGUAAUUUAGUCAUUGCUCUAAGCCUGCCUAAUAGUUUAGCUGAAUACUUGUCAAAUAAUAAAGGAAAUCAAAAUGGCGAUAGUGAUGAUGAUGAUGAUGAUGAUGAUGAUGAUGAUGAUGAUGAUGAUGAUGAUGAUGAUGAUGAUGAUGAUGAUGAUGAUGAUGAUGAUGAUGAUGAUGAUGAUGAUGAUGAUGAUGAUAAUGUCUCAGAUUGUAAUGAUCAAACAAAUGAUCUAUUUUUGGGGAAAUUUCAACAACUUGAACAACUUCUUGUCCAACGAUGCAGAGGUCAUAGUUUUUUCUGUGAUGAACAUGAUGUUGAUGCCUCAGUGGCUGAAAAAAUUCUUCCUCCAAUCUUUCCUCGUGGUCCAAAUGGUCCAAAAUUCUUUUUAUCCAAAGCAAUCAAUGUAAUCAACUAA